GCUACAGACCUCCAAACUGAGAGGGGGAAGCCUUCAAUAUAUACUUGUGCUCAGGUUAGGACAUUCGAUAUUCAGACCCCUAACUUCAAGGACCACACGUUACAAUUUCAUGAUGCUUCUUUCUCUCUCGCAACCAUCAACAGCCCCGAAUGAUGUAGACCUAAAACGCGAAACCCUCUAGAGACAUGCCAACGAUGUCUAAGGAAUGCGUCAAAUGCAGCCGAGAGCAGGUCCGUAUGCCGUGGUACCUGCAGGCUGACCGCGCAGCUGUGAAAGAAAGUAGGGAGGCACCCUACAGGUUGGACUCAAAUGGACAGAAGCCAAUCCAUUCUUGUCGAAAAGCUCGGAUUGGCGUCCACUUCAAUCAUGUUUUUGACAGAUGUUCAGCGAGGAUAGCACGGGACGUUCGGCAUCGUCGCCCCACAAUUCGGUCAACAUCGUUGGGGAUGCGGAAACCUGCGCGUAAAACAUCGUUCCAACAUUCUGGCCUGAGAACUGUUGGUCGAGGUGAAACGGUACCUGCAGAACUUGGUGCGCAAGUUGAAACCAAGCGUACGCUAGCCAAUAGGAAGAAUCCAGGGAGCUUGACAACAUUGGUGAAACAGCCGCGCUUCAGAAACGGGAAUGACUCGUAAGGGCGGUUCCUCUAGGGAGGAAUUUGCCAGCGUUUGCGGUUCCUUCGCGGUUCCUAACGGGAUGGAAUCGUUGAUGGCAGUGCCGUGCUAUUCUUGUGUAAAGUCUAGUCCUUC